UAUUACGGAGAGUUACAGGAGGUCGCCACAUUCGACGACCUUGCUUUGACUUUAGCCUGUUGACCUGUCGCGAUUUCAAGUUCUCGCGCUUGUGUUUUCUGAACAGUGGUGGAUUACGUGAAUGUGUGAAUUAUUCUUUUAAUAGAACGUUGACAAGAUUCCUCGUGCUUCAUAGCAUUCCCUUAUUCUUUUACAAUAUCGUUGUAAACAGAACUAUAAGAAAAAGCACUGUAGUUAUGGCUCUCAACAAGCUCAGCAUUGAUAAAGUAAAUUUGACAGAUAAGAGGGUGCUAAUACGAGUUGAUUUUAACGUGCCACUGAAAGAAGGAAAGAUAACAAACAAUCAAAGAAUUGUAGCUGCAUUAGACACAGUGAAAUAUGCCAUUGACAAGAAAGCCAAGUCUGUUGUUCUAAUGUCCCACUUGGGUCGUCCUGAUGGAAAAAAGGAUGAAAAGUAUACAUUAAAACCUGUAGCUGAAGAGCUAAAAACAUUGUUGGGAAAGGAGAUUUUAUUCUUGAAUGAUUGUGUUGGAUCUGAAGUAGAAACUGCUUGUGUCAAUCCAACACCUGGUACUAUCAUUUUAUUAGAAAACUUAAGAUUCCAUAUUGAAGAGGAAGGCAAAGGAGUAGGUCCUGAUGGAAGUAAGAUUAAGGCUGACAAGGAUAAGAUUACAGAGUUUAGAGCAUCCUUAAGAAAGCUAGGAGAUGUGUAUAUAAAUGAUGCUUUUGGAACUGCUCACCGUGCUCACAGUUCUAUGAUGGGAGAUGGAUUUGAAACAAGAGCAAGCGGUUUCCUACUCAAAAAAGAACUCGAAUAUUUUGCUAAAGCUUUAGAUAAUCCAGAGAGACCAUUCCUAGCUAUACUUGGAGGUGCCAAAAUUGCUGACAAGAUUCAGCUAAUUAAUAAUUUACUGGAUAAAGUAAACGAGAUGAUUAUUGGUGGCGGAAUGGCAUACACAUUUUUGAAAGUGUCCAAAAACAUGAAGAUCGGAAGUUCUUUGUUCGACGAAGAAGGUGCCAAAAUCGUAAACGACCUGUUAGAUAAAGCGAAGAAGAACAACGUGCAGAUUCACCUGCCGGUAGAUUUCGUGACUGCGGACAAGUUCGCAGAAAACGCGACAAUGGGAAGUGCUGAUAUCGAAAACGGUAUACCCGAUAAUUGGAUGGGGCUGGAUGUCGGUCCACGGUCGAGAGAUUUAUUUGCCGAACCGAUUAAGAGAGCGAAAGUCAUAGUAUGGAACGGUCCAGCGGGUGUGUUCGAGUUUGAGAAUUUCAGCCAAGGCACGAAAAGCCUAAUGGAUAAUAUCGUCGAAGCUACAACUCGGGGAACUAUCACUAUAAUCGGAGGCGGAGAUACGGCGACGUGCGCGGCCAAAUGGAAAACUGAAGACAAAGUAAGUCACGUGAGCACAGGCGGUGGUGCAAGUUUAGAACUCCUAGAGGGUAAAGUACUGCCCGGAGUCGCUGCUCUCUCUCCAUUGUAAAUUCUAUUCUUCAUAGCGAACGUUGAUGUAAAAGCUGAAAGGCUUCCAAUUAGAAAAGAAUAAUAUUGUAUGAUUGUGACUGUAAGACUUCGAUGUUAAUCAUUCGUUAGAUUGUUAGAUCCAGCGCUAGCAAAAUGAAACGAAAGAAAAACUUGUCUAUUCUUCGAUGAUACAAUCCCUGUUGCGUCUAUCUGAUGCAUAGAUUUCCGAAACCCCAACAUCUCAACGAGAAAUAUUGAAAUAAUAUUUUAAAAUAGA